UUUAUAUAAAUUUUAAUUUUAAAAAAUGUUAAAAAAUCUUUUAAAAACAAUUUUUUACGGUGGAGCUGUCGGUAUCACAUUUAUUGAUUAUGUAGGAUAUGUAGCACGAGUCGAAGGUCAGAGGUAAGUUCCAAAAAUAUAUCCAGAAUAAGAAGAAGUCGUGUUGUUUAGGAUAAAGAAGUUUAUAGAACAUCAAGUGAAUCAAAAAAAUAAAGUUUAACUGUAAAUUAAUCUAUUCCUCAUCAUUUUAGUAUGCAGCCUACAUUGAAUCCCUUGUCGGACGAGAUGGAUUAUGUGUUCUUAAAUAAAUUAAAGGCUAAAGAUUAUACAGUAUCAAGAGGAGAAAUUGUUUGUCUUAUAUCACCAAAAGAUGCACAACAAAGGAUUAUCAAAAGAGUGAUUGGCCGUGAAGGAGAUACAAUUCACACGAUAGGCUAUAAAGAAAAGUAUGUCAAAGUUCCAAAGGGGCAUUUUUGGAUUGAGGGUGAUCAUGUCGACAAUUCAUUAGAUAGUAAUACGUUUGGACCAGUUCCAUUAGGAUUAUUAACAAGCAAAGCUACAUAUAUAGUUUGGCCACCAUCGAGAUGGAGAAUGUUAAGUUCUGAGUCUGAUGAAAUUUUUCGGUGAAUGGAAGCUAGUUUAAUUAAUAGUUUUAAAACAUGGGAUUGAAGUGCUGAUUGUUUAGACUGAAAGAAAUGAAGUAAAAUGAACAACAACUCGAGCAUUAUUGGAUAUUCUGCCAAUUAAACAAUAUUUAAUUCAAUUUAAAUCAAAUAACAUUAUUUUAAUAAUUAUGAAAUGUUCUCCUUAAAACAUAGACUUAGUGAUAUUUAAAAAGAAAAAAUGAAAUAAAUGUUAUAGAACUUCUCUAAAUCCAUAUUCUUCAAUAGAUUUAAUUGUUUCCUCAUACGCGAUUCCUUGUCUUAUGACUUUAUACUCAUUAGGUUCCGACAGAUCAAUAACUGUUGAUCCUUUCCUAUUUUCCUCAGCAAUACUUAAGCUACCGCCAUUGAAGAUACCUCCUAAGCUUUUCCAUAGAUGAUUAAAUUCCUCAAUAUUCAAGGAACUUCUUUCACUGCUCUUAUUAGCUGACGUUAGUGCUAUUGGCUGAGAAAACUCUCUGCAUACAUCCCUAAUGAAAUUAAAGUCUGGUAUUCGAAUUCCUAUUUUUACUGUGCCUGGAUUUAAGUAUGGAUUGUUCAGGUGCUCACUCUUAUUAAGCACAAUCGUGACUGGUCCAGGCAAUAAUUUUUCUAAAAGUUCAUCACUUAAAUGAUUAGCAUUACCAUAACGUUUAAGUUCUAUAAAGUCACUGACACAUAUUGCCACUGGCUUCUCUUCGUUCCUUCCUUUAAUAUCAUACAACUUCUUAAUAGCUUCACGAUUAUUUGCUGAACAAGCUAGUCCAUAAAUUGUAUCUGUCGGAAUUCCAAUUACAUUGCCUUUCUUCAAUAACUUUGAUGCUGUCACGACACUUUCAGGAAGUGCAGCAUCGAAUACAUUCUUAAUCUUUCGAGUCUUCAUUUUAGUUGAAUUUAAUAGAUUUCUUAUAAGUCGCAUUUAGUCUCUCCAAUUAUGUCCACAAGUUUGAUUACAGCAUUUAUAGAACGUUGUCAUAGGUUCAUCAGCACUUCUAAUUUGCAUUUGCAUGAAAUAUGCUCGAUUGUGAGCACAAGCAGGACAUACAGCAUCUGUUGAAUCUACAUUCUUCCAGGCUUCAGCACCGCCCAUAACAUGAUCAACUUCCUUCAACUUUGGAUAGACUCGUUCCGAAAUACGCUUCUUAAU